CUAGCAAAGACGGCAAUUACCGUCUUUUUCCCGUGCGAUUCCCAUUUUGCUCUUAUAAAUCGCCGGUUGCAGGAGCAAAUUAAAAGUGGAGAUUGGAAGGGCGAGAAAAAACAGAAAAGAGGAGAGGAGAGCAGAGAUUCAAUAGACGAGAACAAAAGCGCUUCGCUUUCCUCCGAAAAUUCCCCUCCUCUUCCGUCCGUACCCCGUUCGUCGCAGAUCUCCGCUCUCUCCGCUUCGUUCUUCGCAGCGACGCGAAAUGCAGAGGGCGAAGAGCGAGGGCGACGUCCGGAAACCCGAGGAUCGCCACUGCCAUCGCGGGCGAAGCGAGGGCGAAGGAGAGGAGGUAGGAGAAGGAGGGGAGGAGGAGGAGGAGGAGGAGGAGGAUGAGAAGAUGGAGCAGUUCUUCGCGAUCCUCCGGAACUACCGGGAGGCGCGGAACCGGCGGAGGAUGGAGUUGAUGGGGGAGCUGGAGCAGGAGCGGGAGGCGGAGGAGACGCUGAGGAAGAGGAGGCGGCUGGCUGGGGAGCCGGACGCCGGCGCCGGCGCCGGCGAGCGGUGCUCGAGCUGGGUACCGAGGUUCGAGCCGGAGGAUUUCAGCGCCGACGUGGAGUUCAAGGCCAGGCCUCUCCCUCUCCCUCACCUUCAUCCUCCCCCUCCUUCCCCUGCGACUCUGGCGAGGGCGAUUUCACCGGCGAAGGCGGUGGAGAGGGAGAGGGAGAGGGAGAGGAAGGGAAGGGACGACGGGUUGGAGCUCAAGCUGACGAUCUGACGGACGUCGUCCCCGGAGAUCUCGGAGGAUCUGUUUCUUCUUCUUCUUCUUCUGUCCUCUUCCUCUUCUUCUAGCGCGCUUGUUAACGAUCAAUCUGAUCGGCAAUGCCUCUUUUUUCUCUUUUGUGGAAAUUCGGAUCGUCUUGGUUUAAUCUCUCGCCUUCAUCUCUCUCUUUCUCUGUUGUAUCGUUCUUCUUUCGAUCGGUAAUUCAAAUGUGCAGUUGAUUUUCGAA